AUGUGGAUCUUGUCUUCAGACGGUGAUUUUCUUCAAGGGAAACGAGUAUGGUUGAAACCUGGAAAACGAUACCUAUUUGGUCGUGUGUCCCCUAACGGAGCCGGUCAUGUCAUCAAGUCCACCACCAUUUCCAGGCACCAUCUAGUUAUUGAAGUUGGACGUGUUCAGCAAGGAGAUGGGGCACAUAUCCAUGCGAAAUCUAAACUCAUUGUGGCGGACCAAGACACAAAAUGUGGCAGUGUCGUUGAUGGCGAGAAUAUCAAAGGAAAGACAAAAGAAUUGAGUGCUAGGGAUGAAUAUUCAAUAUUUCUGGGCAGAUAUCCCUAUGCAUUAAAAAUAAAAUGGUGCCCGGUCGUCCUGACCUUUUCCUUCUCCGAGUUAGAUGAAAUUUCAGAAGACCCAUUAGCCAAUGCUCAGUCCAGGCUCGAAGAUUUAGAUAUCAAAACUGUGUCUGCAUAUGUCGUGGGUAAAACAACCCACGUGGUUCAGAAAGGGCGUGAUACAACUAAAGGUUUGCAGGCAAUUAUAAAUGGGAGAUAUAUCGUUGAUCCCUCCUACAUUGAACUGCUUCUAUAUGCUGCGACUUCGGCAGAAUUGGAAGCCGAGGAAUCCCUCUCUCCACUUGAAUUGGAUUUUGACGCAGCAUGGCCGGAUCCUGCUACUCGUUUACCGCCCCAAGGGAGGGAGAAAACCAAACUACCCGAUUCAGCCUACGAGCCUCGACAAGAUCGGUUGAACGUAUUCGAAGGGUACACUUUUGUACUUUUCGAUGAAGCAACAUUUGAGGAGCUGCAAGACCCGAUUUCCAAUGGCCACGGGAAAGCAUUGUUAUGCGAAUUUGAGCCCGAAAAAACAAAGGCGCAAGAUAUUGUAGACUAUGUGGCCAAAGCCUCAAGUAAUAAAGCAUUUUCCCACGAUAUGGAUGGCAAUGGCGGAGUGUUACUAGUGCAGCCACAACGAAGAAGUAAUUUGAAAUGGAUUCAAAACUUUGAAACCGAGGUUAGUGGUCUAAUAGGGCAGCAGUUCGUCAAUAGAGACGACUUCUUAGAUGCAGUUCUACGGAGUGAUGCAUCGGGGCUAUAUAAAUCAUGUCAGCUUGCUCCGGCUCCGCCAACAGGCCAGCCAAGGGAUCCACCGAUGUCAAACACUUCCGCAGCUUCAAUAAAUGCUACCCCUAUAGCGGACUCCCAAAUGCUAAGUAGACCAGCUAAGCGCCCACGAACCCAAACUUAUGUUCCAAAAUUCAAGGACUUUGAUGAUGGAUUUGACAUGGAGUCCAUUCCAGCUCAUAUCCCGGACCAGGAUGAAACCCCCGAAGGGCUAUCCCAGGGUACAUGCCCACAUGGUGAUCAAACAUCACACGAAAUAGUCUAUGAAGAUGAUGGCGUCUCCGAGCUUCUCCCAGGGGCCACUGCGAUGAAGCAGCAUUUCAACAGUCGCAAUCGUCAAAAAACGCCAUUGCCAACGGAGCCGCAGCGAAGAGCAAAGAAACCAAAGAUAGAUAUCAUCGAAGCAGCUCGACAGCAUCGAGAAGCAGAAGAUCGGGCCGCCGUGGCGCGAAGAGAAGAAGAAGAAGCGGCAAAUAUUGUCGACGGCAUGGAUCUCUCCAAGAUCCAGCAUCUCGCCAUUAUCGAAGACAUGGAGAUCCGGAAAUCGUCAACAGACAUGUUGUCAUUGGACGGCAACAGUGGCCGAUGGGAUGAAAGGUGGAACGGUCGAAAGAACUUCAAGAGAUUUCGGCGUAAGGGCGAAGGUGGUGUGCAGCACAGAGUGCAACCUAUUAUCGUUCCUCUUGAAGAAGCCAGGAGAAAAGAUUUUGGUAUUGGUGAUGAUUAUUGGAAUUUCAACGACACAAGGUCAGAACGAACCAAAUCUGUUACGCAGGAAUCCAGUGGGACGAUGUUGGCGUCCCAACCGGCUUCACAAGCAGCCAGUCCCUUGACUAUCUCUAGACCAAGCAAGCGAACGCACCCCGCGGAUUCAGAUGAUGAAGAUGGGCUGACAUUCCGCUUCCGGAGGAAAACGCGAAGGUGA